CUAGUAUCAUUCAUCAUUCCUGUAAUCUCUUCUGCAGGAGAAAAGUCUUUGACCUUUUGCCUUAUGGAAUUCUUUAGCUGCUGCUGUAUUGAUUAUUUGGGUUUUGAUAUGGAUUUAACUGUAGGUUAUAGAGGUACUUUGAACUCUGUCAGUAUGAAAAUUAAAGCUGAUUUUCCAUCCCCCCACAGUGCAAGAAAUUGAGUUCUUGUGAGCAUACACUCCUCAACCUUAUGAGAAUCACUAGGUUCGUGAAGAGGGGAAGGUUGCUUUAGAGGGCAAAGAAAUGUGGGUGUGGUCUAGAUUCAGAUGCACCAGUACUGAAUGCUUUGGGGUGAGUAUGUGCACUUCAGUAGGUGAAGUCCUGGUCAUAUUGCUGCAGGUUCAUCAUGGUGUGUGGGGAUCUUGGUGAAUCAGAUUCACUUGCAGGGCAAAAACCAGUAGAAGCUAUGUUGCAUUGUAGCCUUUUUCUUAAUCCAUUUCUCACGUUAUCUGAAAAGCUGUGUUUUUGUAAGAAUGUGCUAACACUUCCAGUGUUUAAAAAGAUCCCAGUUGAAAGGAGAUAGGAAAGUACAUUUUCAAGAUAGAAUAGAAGUGCAGUAUUUCCCUAAACACUCUUAAUCCUGAACUGUAAUGAUGUUGUUUGCCUUCAACACCUAGUAUUUACUUGUUCUUAGUUUUAUUGGAGGGAGUUGAUUUUCCCUCUGAGAUACUGGUAAUGAAAACAAAACAAAAAUCCCUCCUAAGAUAUGUAUUUUAAAAUCAUACAUAAAGAAGAAUUUCACUGUUUCCCAUGUAUAUAAGCUGUUCAUGAAGUCUGAGUAACCUAUGUAGAAUUCCAGAGUGCUACUGAAACUUGCAAAAAUUUGCUCUUUAUUUGGUGUAUUGUAUUUUUGUGUUGUACAGUUGUGCUCUUAAAAUGCUUUCAGUCUGGAGAGCCAAUAGAAGUAUUCUUCAGCCUUAUUUUGAACUAUUGCGGUUAAUGUUAAUUUUUUUAAUAUACAUGGGGCACAGUUCUUCCAUGGCCUACAGCUUCUGCAUCACUAAAUACUCCCAAAGAGCAGAGCCUCCCUCUAAACAGGAGAAUAAAGUGUCUUUGAUUUCCUCGGGUGCUUUAGUUCUCUUGUAUACAUCCCAGAAAAUACCUUAAUAUUAUUGACUAUAAACUAGUAGUGACCCCUCAUUUAUGAUACAGGAUGGUCAUCAGUAUAUUGUAUAACUGCAGAUGUCCUCUGAAUGGUUAUGUAUACACUGAACUUUGCAAGGAUGGAUGUUCCUGUUGAUUGUUGGUGUGAUUACUCCUGUAGGUGAAACUGAACACACGGGCAUUGCUGGGACACGGGUUAUAGCCUGUGUGUUUCCAAGUGAGCUUGAUAAAUGUAGAAAUCGGUCACAAUCAGUGGGGGUGGUUGUUUUUAGCAAAGAAACUUGUGAACUGGAAGACAACUUAAUGUUCUUGCUAUGCCAAGGCCAGCACUUUCCUUGAACAUUGCUGCACAAGUCUGCCUGAGCACAGGGGUGCUGGCUGUGCAGGAAUGUCUGGUAAUCUAUUCCCAGAAACACCAGGCGACCUGAAUUACAUACUGAUAGGUGAGGCAGUGGUGCUUGUAAAUCCUUCCUUUUCAACUGAUACAUAAUAAAGAGUUGGAGAACUGAUUUUUUUCUUUAAACUUUUUAAUGUAGGUUUUUAAGGUAAUAGAGGCAGUAUAAAGCAAUUCAGCAGUGAACAGUGUAUUUUUUUGAAGUUGCUGAAUUGAUUCUGAGCAAAUAUGUACACACUGAGUGUGUAUUUGUUGCCAUAGUGUAGAUUUUUUUUUUAAAAGGAAAACAAGUCUCUGUGUUAGAACUUUCAAAUGCAAAUUGAUAUAGCUGACAGAUUUUUUCCAUGUUUAAGGCCAGUUGGAAAAUAGGUAUGAUUGCCGCACUAUGUAUGCAAACAGUUCCCAAGAUAUAGUUAACAUUAGGGUUUUCUUAAUUGUUCUGAGCACUAAAUGCUGCUUCCACCUAAAAUGUGAUUUAAGUAAUUAAAAAUUGAUUGAUAGUAGUUGUGCAAAGAGAAGACUGGUGUUGAAAUUACUGCAUCACUGCAGUGCAUGUGUUAAAAUAAAGGUCCGCUAUUAUUCCUUGUAGUUUGAAUUGUUAAAUACUUUGUGGAUUCUGUGUUAAAAUGACAGAAUUGACAGGUAUGAUGCUUACCAUUGUACCUUUGUCACCUAACAGACAUAAAGGUACUUAAUGGUCCUUUUAUCUUUUCUAUCUCUCUCAGAUUAAUAAAUUGUUAUUUUCCAUAUCUUAUGCACAGAUAAGUUACUCUGUAGUAUGGAACAGUGAUGGGGGGAUUGAUUGAGGCUUCAGUGAUCUUUGCCUAGAAGGAGUUAAUUUUCUGUAGAGUACUAUAGAUGCAAAUUCUCUAGAGGUCUAGUGUAAGAUUUGGUUAUUCUGCUGAAGUGGCAAGUUGACUUUGGGUGGCAGCAUGACUUGUUGAGUGGCACAGAGAAAAGAGGCUUAGGAGAAAUAAAUGAGAUGUUCAGAGUGAUUCAGGCUUUGGCAGGGAACUUGAGAGAGAGAACAGCAUGAACAGGACGGGCAUGUUGAAGUUACUCUGGAGUGUGAUUCAGAAAGAUGAAUAAUGUCAGACAAUGAAAGAAGAAUGUGACUUCUAAAAGACUGUAGAGAGAUUUAUGUAAAUUUCAGAUAACUGGAAAGAAGCAUUUACAUCUGUUUUAAGUAAUGACAGCAGAGGCCUUGGUAGUUGGGAAAAAGAAGGGGGAAGGCUUAACUUUGGGGGGGGAAAGUUGCAUACAGACUUUGAGGGCUGGAUAAAGAGUAAUAUUAGCUUGUUUACAUAUGCAACAGGGAAGAUGGAUAUCUCUUGCUUUUUUAUCUUCACUUACAGUUUGAGGUGUUAACAGCUUACUGGAAGGAACAAAGCAAGGGGUCAAGUGAGAAGAAAGUAUUCAGUUUCUUAAUUUAGAAAUAGGAGACUCUGGAUGAUGUUGCAUGAGGAUAAGGGAAGGAGGGAGUUUACAAACAUUGCCCACACAAAAAAGAGUAGUUGGAAUCAUGAAAGGAGACGCUGAAGGAGCAAGCAAGAGAACUAGCAGAGGAAGUGCAGGAGUGAUUAAUAAUAGCAUCAUGCAACACAGAAGUGGCUUUUUGAAAUGUGGGAUGCUGUAGGGAGCAAGGAGUUAAAAAUAUGGAAUGGGAAUGGUGGAAGGAUGUGAAGAAGUUGAUAGAGAUCAUACACUUUAGUGAACUUGAGUUUCAGAGGUAGAAAUUGAGAAAGUAACAGGAAGGAAAGAGGAGGGUGAAAUGUACUUCCUAAUUGGCAGCAUAAUAAGAAAGGAAGGAUGCAAGAGCAGUUACGAUGGGAAUGAGCCAGGUGGAGGAACCAUAAACAGGACAGCACAACAGAUGUGGAGAUUUGGGGAGCACAUCUGGACAUGAAAGGAGUACUAGUCACACUGCCUAGCUUGUUUUCUGCAGGGAUCAGAGAGAGAAGGAAGAUGGUGGUGGUUGGUGGUUUGUUUUGGUGUUUUUGUUUGUUUUUUUCCUUCUGAAUAACAUUUUCAAGGUGGCUCUGGGUAUUUUAGGAGGAAAAGAACUUUAAUGCUAGAAAUGAAGUCAUGACCAAAAGGAAACUAUUCCUAUUAAGGAGUGUUUAGGCUAGACAGGUUACCCGAGCAAAUAAAUAUGAACUUAUGAAGCCCAGAGGAAAAGGGACUGUGGGAUUUAACUGUCAUGGGUUGUCACUGUGAGCAUGGAAGGGUGGAAGGCAGAAGCAUACCAGUGGCAUUUCUGCUGUUUUUACCUCAUGGAACAGGAAAAACUGAUCAGAACUGGCAAAUGCAUGAUAACAACAACAAAAAACAAGCACUGCUACAGCCUUUACAGGAUUUUUUCACCUGACUUCAAAGUGCAGUGACAAGUUCAUUGUAUAUUUCUUGAGAUAAGUUUCAUUAUCUUGGUGUUGAGUGCAUGACACAUUGUGUUCCAUAUUGUCAGCAGAUUUACUUUGAAGGACUCAAAGGCAAAAGCGUCUUAUUGAUGUAUAAUUGAAACAUCUUAGUGUGAAUAGUCUUUGUACAUACAAAGACAAGCAGCAACAGAAUUAUAAAACAGUAGUUGUAUAAUAGUAGGUGAGAAUAGCAAAGGUGAGUAUAUACAGCUCUGUGAAGCUUUUUUGUCCUUGUAGCUGCUAAUGUUACCUAACACUUCCCUAUUUAACAUUCUUUAAUUAUCAAAACUGUUGGUUUUGUGGUGUGUGUUUUUAAUUAUUCCCUGCUUUGUCCAAAUGCUGCUCUUAAGCUUCAUACAGGGACAUCCUGGGAUCUAUCUUCUUAAUAAUUGGCAUCUUCUCUAACACCUACGUGGUUUUAAUGUUUUAUAACCACUGUUUAGUUAUUUGGGGUGGAAGGAUGACAGAUUUCUUUUUUCAGGCAACAAGUUUUUGGCAGUUCAUUGUUUAAAACCCCAAUGAAGACUGACAGAAUAAUUACAGAAACAUACAUUAACUUCUAUUUUUAAAACGGAUAGCAUCCUUUAUGAAAUUUUUACCUAUGUCACGUAGUAAAAAAGCUUCUACUACCAUUAUAACAGUCUUUCCAUAUAUAUAACAGUUCAAAAUGAGAGCAAGGGAAAGAUCUCUGCUCACAAUUGCUGGAGUUGUUUCUGAGACAGCCAUGUGCCUUAAGAAGAUAGUUGAGAUGCAUUUUGAGUUACCUCUUUGGGCUCUUGACCCUCUGCUUAGUGAAGCCCCGUGUGCCUUUAUGCCUGUGGUGGCUGGGAUCAGAUGUCAGACCUCUGGUGAUGCAAAAUGAAGACAUGGUUGAGCACGCCUAAGGCUGCUUUCCUUAGCACUACCUAUUACUUGCUGCAAAGACAUCUCUGGCCUUGAUGUGCUGACAUGUGAACAGUUACACCAAAACCAUGGUAGAUGGGCAGCUUGUAGUCAUGUGGCUAAGAAGCAUGUACUCUCCUGUUCAGGAACUGCAUCCAGCAGAUAGUGUUGCCUCCAGCAAGAGCAGUAGCUGUUGAUUUGGUAGCCUUGAGCUUUGGGCACACUUGUCAUACUUGGUCUGUUGCAUCUUGUUAAUCUUUGCAGGUACAAAGUGAGUUCAGGGAGGACAUCCACAUCUCCUGGAGACCACAAUGAUCUUAAUACGUUGAUGACAUACUGUCUUUUCAUUAUGCACACCUUUUGUUGUCCCAGACACUGUGUGGGAAGGUACCUCAAAAGCAGAAAGCUGACCCAGCCUGUGUAUGAGUUCCCUGGUGGUAGGGGGUGGGUGAGACAGUGGAUACUGGUUGCCUGGAUUCUUCUGGAGGACCGUGUGCAAGCUGCAGGAAUGCCUUCCUGGAACACCUUCAACCUAAAAAAAAAACCAACCAAACUUUAAAUGUGAGUGACUGGGAAGACAAUAAACAAGGCAAGAGAGGAAUUUAGUGUUCUUCAAGGUAAGCAAAGAGGCAGCCUCAUUAAAGCUGAAGCGGCUUAGCCUGGAGGCAUGAAAAUAUUGACAACUUUUGGAAGUUUUGUCCAUAAUAAUGAGAUUAGAUUUAGCUCAAGAGAACAAUCAGUGUUGAACUGCUGCCAGAGCCUUUCUUACGUAGUGUGUAUCUUCAGUCUAUGGGUCAUGCUAGAAUUGUCAUAAAAGCUUGCUCACAAUAUGGACUUAACUACUAGGUUCACUGAGACUAGAUGAUAUACUCCUCUUGUUGCCCUCUCUGUCUUUGAACUUCUGUUUCUAGAUGUGCUGUCAAUGCACAUGAAUAUGCAGGUGUAUGAAAAUUUAAUUAGCCAUAGCUUCUCAACGAUGAAAAAUACUUUUAACUUUCUGACUGAAUGGAGUGCUUUCCAAAAUCUACUCAACCCACUUUUCUCGACACUACAGGUUGUGUGGAGGGUUUGCCAUGAAGACAUUUCUUCUGGUAGCUCUGCCAUGUAAGUGGUCCCAGCUAUCUUCUCGGCACUUCCCCCUCUUUGUUCUCACCCUGCAUUAGCUCCUCUGUGGUUACUUGCAGCCCUCCUGUGACCAUGUGACAAACCCAUUUGGUUAAAAACGAGACAGUGGAGACACUGAAGGGAGGUGGGGAGCAGAUCUCACUUCAGCUGCCCUGCUGAAAUAGCAAUAUGUGUUUAAAGUGGGCCUGCCUGGUUCAUCGAGUUGCCAGACAAGCAGUUGCACUGACAGACCUGAGUGGGGUGUGGGCAUGGGAACAGAUGAAGGGGGUAGCAGGUCAGAGGAAGGUGCAGGAUACAGGAGAAAAUGUUCAAAGUAAAGGUUGAAGCAUCACAGUUCAUGCCUGCUUUAGAAAUACAGGGGAAGAAUUGUUAAAAGAGCUACCCCUUUGGGUUUUUUUUCCUUGUUAUUUUUUUCUCUAAUCACAUCUCCUGAACCAUUUAUAGGUCCCUUCCAAAUCAAGAUAUCCUAUGAUUCCAGUCAUCCAGAAGUUUCAAAUAGAUUCUGGAGGCAGCUGAAAAGUCAUCUAGCAGAAACUGCGCAUGCCGCUUUGGUCUAAUGGAAAAAAGCUUUAUCUGUGUCAAUACUCUGUGUGUAGCUUUUGUAGGGGGCUGUGGUGUUUUUUAGUUAAACUUGUCAUUCACACCUUCAAAACUCUGAAAUAAAGUUUUGUUUGUGUUAGUAAUUUAACUCUUCCAGUUCAUUUUGGGUAAAUAGACUGAUUUUGUUGUGUAUUCUGAGGUUAGGUUAAAAAUCAUGGUAACACCACUCAAGUUUUAAAUACUUUCUCACAAGGCGUUUGUUUUGAGGAUAUGUGGGCAGCACCCAUUUCAUGCAGUGUGAACUCCCUGGCAUUGCUAUGUUCUUUAAAAAGAAUGUGAGACCUAUUGUUUCAUUUUCUUUUCACUAUGAGCAGAAAUCAGCGAUGUGGUUUCAGAUCCACAUGCAAAAAGAUGUUGUUACAAAGGUAAGCAUCUGCUCCAUGAGCUGCAGCUGGAAGGAAGCUGUGUGGACCACAGUGAAGGUGAUUUCCUUCAUCUAGCAAAAGUGCUUCUCCAUACUGAAUGUGUCAUUUGGGCAAGCAGAAGAACAUGACUUAAGUCUGGGUUGUGCUUGUGACCUGGCUUCUUGGGCCCUGCUUGGCUGCCUGGUGGCAGCUGGUAAAUAAUUUUUUUAGUAAGUGGCAGAAAUUUGGCGUUUCUCAAGCAUUUGAUUGUGAACAAAUUAUACUCAAAUAUAGCUGAACUUCAGGCAUAGUAAAAUGCAUUUUGUCAUGCCCAUCAAAAUGAGUUUUAAUAGUUUUAAAUGCUUUAUAGUGCUCCCAGAUUUGUGUAACAGUGGAUGAAUUUCAGUUUAUGUAACUUAAAAUAGUGCUUUAUAGUUUUUUAUCCCAGGAUAUAGUGGAGAAAAAUAGAUGGUUAAAACAAAACCAGCAAGCCAUAAACUAUUUUAUGAAAUGUGGCUGAAGACACAUCAUUCUUAAAAGCAUGUUUUCCAAAGGCAAAGGCUACAAUGCCCUAAGAAAAUGCAGUCAUAGCAUCAUGGUGUGAAAGCUUGGAUGGGACUGUGAGUUUAUCUGAUUGACCCAGAAGGAAAUGAGCUGUGUUUGCAUCAUUCCUGAUAAUCUGUUCUGAUGCUCUGAAAGGUGUUGAGUAGUGACUGCAAAGGGAACGAAUGAAGUCUGGUUAAGGCCAGCAUCUGGGCAGAAAGCUGGUGUAUGACACUUUUCUCAGACUGCUGUUCUAGGGUAAGAUUUGGCACCAGAUUGAGGUGCCAGUGUAAGAGAAAUAGAAGUCUAGGAAGUGUAAGAAAAACCUGAGAGAAAUUAAGGUAUUUUAUGUAAAAUAGUUGAUAGCCUUGGCUUAUGUGACUGCAUCCUGGCUGACUACAGCACAGCCUGGGAUCCUGAUCUCUCUUUGCCCCCAACAUGCUGUGAUUCUCAUCAGGUUCUUGUGUCAGUGUUCUUCUGUCUCUGGACACCCUGAACAUGGAUGCAGGUAGUGCCCAGAUGUGGAGUUAGGUCACAUUUGGGAAGCUGUAGGAAAUUCUCUUGUGUCUUAGUCCAGAUGUAGCCUGGGUGCGAGUGCUUUCUCUCUGGGUUGGGAAUGUGGAAAGUGCCCCUCCGGGCUUUUUUCUCUCAUAGAGAGAAUACUCCUAGUUAAUUUCUGGAAACUUCUGCCCUGGCUGUAGAGUUUUGCCUAGGGAAAGCAAUUGCUAUUAGUAUGUUCUGGCUGAUCUUAUUUCUGUUCAUAGUCCAAUUUGCAAGAUAGCUAUGUCUAUCACUUUUAAUAAAAAUCAGUCUUUGUGAAACUUUAUCUUGGGUAUUGUUGUAAAAUAGUGUAAUGAAUCUCCCAUUUCAGUCAGCCAGUUCAACCAAGGAAGACAUCAUGUUUGAAGUAAUUAAAACAACAACAAAACAAUGAAACAUACCCAAAACAAAAACCAAACAAACAAAAAAACAAAAUCCAAACAAAAAAAAAACCCACAACAUGAGCAGAAAUAGCAUCAAAUUAUUAAAGAUCAGUGAACUUAUCAGCAUCUUUUAGUGGAUGAAGAUUCUAUUGCUUGAGAAGUGCACAUUGAAGCUAAGGAAACUCUUUAGACUGUGAUCCUUUCUGUGAUCUUUAGAAAACGAUUUAGUUUUGGUCAAUAUGACAAAUAUGCUUGAUCUCAACUAUUUUUGUUAUUAUCAUUGCUAGCAGUAUAGCUAAUUUCAUAGCACAAUUAUUUAUAUAUCUAAGAGUAGCUAGUUAGACAUACUGAGACCCUUCCACUGGGGGGUCUCUAGUCCAGUUACUUGUUCUCAGGUUCUAGCAAAUGUUUAUUGGGAGCAAUAGCACAUAGUGGUUCAGAUUUUGGUAUCUAACAAGCAGUUUAGAUGCAAUUGACACAAAGCUCAGUACCAAAAUCCUCAUUCUGAUGACUAUUUUGCCUUUCACUUUUUCCGUAGGGGUAGAAAAAGGCAGUGAUGAUGUAUUGCUGGUGACAUUUUCAUCCUGCAACUUCUCAGCAGCUGCAGAUUGACACUGUUCUUUGUCAGAGCUUCCCUUCAAAUUCUCAUCACUGCAUUUAUACUUCUUUUGGCCUGUAAUGGCUAGGGUGGCAAAGUUGUGGGUGUCUUCAGCACUGUAACAUCACUGACUCUUUGAAUCCCCUUAAAAGCAUCAACCACUUUUUCUAAUGCUAUUUUAACUUUGCUGCUAAGUUUCUAUUCUGUUUUUGCCUGUUACAAAUAGAAGUAGGAGUAUUUUUCUUAAUUAUUCUACGUAGGCAAAAACUUCAAAUGUUUCUGCUCUAAGUGACUUGCAGGUUUUGUUGUUUUCAUGCAAUAUUUUUGCAAUACUAGGAAUUGAAACCAAGUAAUCCAGAAUACCUACUUUCCUGCUCAAUUGUAUGCAGGGAUGUCACAAAAGAAAAUCACUGUAUUUUUCCUUGGUCCCAGAUAAAUCCUCCACCCAAGCAUUGAAAUAAACUUGAAGAUAAAAGACUCUUCAAAUUUAGUGACAAUCUAAAGCACUGACCUUGAGAAAAGUCUGGAUACACCAAAUAGUCUAUGUUAGUGUCCACAAGUUUUACUCAAAAUUUUGCUUUGUUUUUAAACUGGUUUGAUUAAAAGCCAUAAAAAUGUAAGGUAGUAAUAAAUUUGUGGGUUUUAGCCUUGUGUUAAUAGGAAAAAAUAAACACAAAGCUUCACUUUAAAUAGAGAUGUUGGAAAUUUCAGGGAAGGGCUGUCAGACAUAGCAAUUUGGUUUGUGUAGAUAAUUAUAUUUAGUGCCUCACUAUUUGGUUCUUGAGGAUUUCUGUGACUUCAGGAGAGCAAAUGUUUGGUUUUGCUGAUUCUGUCUCAUGGGGCCUCAUGCUGUGGUUUCAACCUGGUCUGUCUCUGGCUUACCCUUUCCUGAGAGCUUGAUGAUCAAGUGUAUUUGAACUCUCCUGAGGUGCUGCUGUAUAUUGUCAUUAAAUAUGCCCAUAAUCACUGAAGUAGCACCAAGACGGGGAAGAACAGAUGAUGCCUAGAAAUACUUCUGCUGAACAAGAGACACAAAGUCUCAUGUUGUUAUGGGGUAUUGCAGAUAGGACAUCAUAUUUAAUGUAGGAUUUUUCUAGAUUUUUAACUGUGUGCAAAGUUAAUUGUAAUCUCAUUUUGAGAAGAGAGAGAAGGGAAAAAAAUCCAUUUAAGUAAAAUGCAUUCGCAUAAAGCUUCUGGCUGUAGCAAUACCCUGGAAAAACAAGGUUUUUUUGUUUUUUAAAACGGCUUGUUCUCCUCUGAGAACAGAGGUUAUGCAGUUGUGCUUUCCCUACCUCUGUCCCCACUCCCUCUCGCAUAGCUUUGCUCUGUAACCCUUGCUUGACCUUGUCAGCAAACUUUAGCCGAAUUUGUCAAAGAGGAUUUGAGCUGAAAGAUAAAGUUCUGUCAACUUUUUGCCUGAGUGGAAAGGUCUCUUGUUGCUGCUGCAAAGGCUUCACUGUGAUUAGGCACAGGAGAAUUUGUUGUGUGGAGGGAUGUGACUGAAUGACCCUUGUGUGAGAAGAGCUUUCACCAGAGCUGGUACCUUACAGGACUGCUGAGCUCCACUGCCUUGGGUAGUAACACGAGGAGUUUUAGCCCAUUUUUGCAGGUUUUCCACAAAAGUCAACAAAAGCAAGUGAGCAGAUACCGUCUUGCAGUAACCAGGAGCCCUCAGUUACCUGUUCAGCAGCACCUUUGUGGAGCAAUUCCUCUGGUCCUGGCUUCAGUUGCCCUCUGGGUGCUGCUGCUGCUACUGAAGACAGAUUUGUGCUGCUCUGCUAAUCCUUUUGGAGAUCCAAGUGGUAGCACAGGCAGGAGCCUUUGCUUUUGCCGUGGCAGUUGUGCUUCUCAAAGACAAGAGGGCAUGGUAGGGACAGUUGGGGCUGAAACCAGCCAAAUGCAGGCCUGGUGGUUCUCCUCUUUUGAUUUCAAAACUUGGUGAAUGUCUCAUUACACACCUGAAAAUUCAUCCAUGAGGCACAAACUCGGCAGAAAUCAAGCUUCUGUGCUUCCACUGUUCAUACAAAUAGUCUUUGGCAGUUGUGAGUGAAGACCUGGACAGAGCAAAAUAAGUGGGUAAAGCUGUGGUGAUGCAGUAUUAAAACAAAACAAACCAAAAAACCUGACACAACAACAGAUAGUUGUGGCCUGUUUGCAUCCAUGCACCUACUGCUGUGGCUGCUGGAGAUGUCGCAUUUUCCAGCAGUGUCUUUUUCAAUGCCCUUUCAGCUUAUGUUCACAGAUCAUACGAAAAAAGCAAGAAAAUUGCUCAUAGUUACUCCAGAGUAUGUUGUAUAUUUAUUAAUCCCCAAUUAACAUGCCUUUCUGCAGUCCAUGUGCACUGGAUAUGGGCUUCAGGUUUAAUCUAUACAGUGGGAUGACAGGAGUAUGCACAUGCGAUGAUUACAGUGUGAAUGUGGCCUUUAGAAAAAGGAGUGGGGUUUUUAGCUAUAAUUUAAUGUGCUACUUGAAGAAAAAUUACCAGAAGAUCUAAAGCAGUUCUUUCUGCUUGAGAACAUAUGCAUUGUUUCAUUAAAGUGCUCUUUCAAAAGCAGCUCUAAAAAAGCUUGUGAACUUGAGUGGUUUAAUUUUAACCAUCCCAGAUGUUGCUGUUUGGGUUAGAUACAAGCACCUUUUGAUCAGAGGACGCAAUGUUUCCUGCAUCAGGGACAAGUUCUUCUUGGAGUAAUUAAGAAUAGCUUAGCCUACUUGGAAUUAAAAAAGAAAAAACAAAUGUGAUUUGGGGAAUUAGGUGUAAGAGGGGACAGUUUUCUGCUUUCCAGGGUGUUCUAUCCACAGUUGUACUUAGUGGAACAACUUGCUGCUAGCCACGUUCAGAGGCCUGUUGACUGUUCAAUUAAUGACCCACAUUCUCACAGCUUCACUGAGACCUUCUGUGAUGUGGCUGUUCCCCUGGAAAACAAUUAAAUUACUUAUUUCCAGCUGUAUGUCUCACAUGAAUAAAGGACAGUAUUGUGCCAGAGUGUGGUUGCUCUUGGCUAUAGUAUGGAAAUUUAGGGGGUUUUGUAGCCAGGAGUGUAUCACUUAUAAAAUUCAGAGAUCUGAGGACAAAUGGCCAAGCUGUCUUCAAAUGCAACAUGUUGGGUUUUUCUCAAGCACGUUGUGUGUAUGUAAAGGCCAGUUGGCCAAUUCUGGCUAUAAUAGCUGCAUAGUUUGAAAAAAAUGUUCAAGGCCCCAUAGUGGGACACUUGAAAUGAGUUUAAAUACGGCCUUUGCUCUGACCCAUGCCAAUUGAUCUCUUUCAACAAAGCCAGUUUAUACCUCUGAAUACACCCUGAACUUCACAGACUGUGCUCCCAUGAUUUUUCUGCUGAAGCCACUCAAGCUGUGUUUGGUGGCUCUGCCUCCAACAGUGUGGGAGUGGCUAUAUUCUUCCCUCUACCAAGAGCUAAAAAUGCUCUGUAGGGUGUCAUCAAAGCUGUGAUGCUUUGAUUGUGAAGUGCUUCUGUUGAGCUUAACUAGUUGAUUUAAGGUGACCUGUCAGUUGCCUGCAAGACUGAGCAGGUCUUCAAUGUGCACCAUGAGGCCAACAUCUUCUGAGAAAAUGUCUUCUGUAAAUAAUGUGUUAGUGUAACCUGAUACGUUUUACACACAUUGGUUUGGUUUUUACACUUAAAGAACCUUUUUUUCUGUCUGCAUUGAAGUACAAGUAAUUGUUUUAGUAUGUCUUGAAGUUACCUACAUGCAAGAAAGUAACAAAUGUUUUACGGUGCUUUGCCUCGCAGCAAGCCAGUCUUUCGGCAAGCUGGGGCUGAAUGUGUGCUGACUUUAUGCUGUUUUGUUAUUCUAGGUUCAGCAAUGCCUGUAUAACUUUGGUUUUGACUGUUGCGAGUGAAAAUGCAGCAAAAUGUGGGGGGUUGUGUGUCUAUUGAAUAAUCAAACCUCAAAAAAUAGGAACUUCCUUGAACCAAGUUGUGUGGGGAGGUGGUGACAUAGUACAAUUGUUUUUUAGUUCAGAUCAAGCACUCUUGCCUAAUUCUUGGCAUAAUUGAUGGAAGUGAGAAUCGUUUGCUUGUGAAAGAGUAAGAUAAUACACAUGCUCGUGUUUACAAAUGUAUGUUCACAUCUAUGCAUGGACAUUUACAUAUAUAUAUGGACAGACUUUUUCUAGAAACUGGGACAGUCUUGCUGCAGUUUAGCCCAGAGCAUGUUCCAGAGGGUUUGCCAGCUCUUGCAUAUGGGUUUGGGUAGAAACGUUUGUGUAUUGUCCCAGCAUAGUUAUAAGCACCAGACAGAUCCCAUUGUUUGAGUGAGAUCUUGAUCAGAGGCAAUUCUGAGUGAAUGAAGAGUGAUUUAGAGCAGGUUGCAUUUAAUUAUUACUUUUUUUUUCUCCAGUAAGUAUAUUCAAUGCUUUAUGAAUGUUUAACAGUCUUUGUACAGCCUCAUUAAGUACCUUAUUGGGUUAUAAUAGCCAGGAGUGCUGUUAGCAGUUUCAGCAGUAAGCAUGGCUGUGUAUCUGCCAAAGAGCUACUGGAGUUGUGAUGAGCAAGGCAACCAAAUCCUAGUGCACCCAUCAGAAACACGUAUCAAAUUCCACAAACUUCUGUUACUGAUCAGCAGUAUCAAAAAGCUAAUUCACAUGUGUUCCAUGCACCAUUUUGGCUACUGCCAGAAAUGGACCCUUGCAGCUGUUGCCUGCAGCUGUUUGUGUUUUAGCCCUAAUUUCAUAAUUCCGUAUGUGCUGGAGAAACCAAGAUGAGGUAGUUCCUGACUACAACCAGGCUCUACAGCCAGAGGGGGGGCACUCAUGCUAUGCUGCAGUGUAAAUAUGCCCACAAACCCGAACUUAGAGAAGUCAUUCUGUUGCUGGCAGCUGACAUAUGAUUUUAUUGUUGUGGGUUGUUUUUGCCAGAAGCAUCGUGUGCUGCUUGGGGCUGGCUCCCCAGAGGAAUGCUGUAGUGGAGCUUACUGGUUCUCACCUUCUCUUUGGCUGUUUGGGAGAAGGGACUGAAUCAUCCAGCCUCUCCCUCUUAUUUGCUUCCGUAUCUCCAUUUUCCCUUAUCUCCCCACAUUUUUCCUAAAGAAAACAGCUGGUUGCUGCUUUGCACUGCUGAAAGCUAUUCUUGGUUUCUGGCCUGAUGUCCUAGAGAGAGGCCAUGCCUUGAAAGUAAAAUUCUGUUAGUGAAACACUACUAGAGUGUGAUUUUCGGUAUGUGCUAGUCCUUCUCCAAGGAGCAGAAAUUUAAAGUUGCGGAGUAUGGAGGAAUUCGAGGGGGUAUGUGAUCAGUUAGUGUUAGUUGGGGGAGUGUGAAGCUGAUAGAUAGUAUACAUAGGUCUAAUAAGUCUCCAGCAUUUGUACUGGCAGUGGUUCUGUACUGAUUUAGAAGGAAAACCAUCAGGCAACCAAUAGCAAAUGCUUGCCAAUGGCCCUUUUGAGAUUUACUCAGCCUUAGGAUCAUGGGCAAGUUUGAUUAGGUUGUUGAGAUCACAGCAUGUUUGUACAUUUUGUGUGUCAACACCCUGCCCUUUUGGCAGCACCUUUGAGACUCCUAGUGAUUUCUGAUGUGAAAUACCAAGAUCACUUAAAUACCUUCUCAGACUUGUGCUGGGGACUGUUUAUAAACAGCAAUCUGCUCACAUACAUGGAGUUAUUAAUGCAUGAAUGGGAGCUCUUGUGCUGGGAGGUACAUGCUCCUUCUAGUUCUGUGGCAUCAUUUCCCUCUUCUUCCUCAGCUGAUGGAUGUCAAACAUUGUGACUUAAAUGUACAGUACAAGUAGACGUGUGAAAAUAAAGAAUGCUUUUUUCCUGUUAUGUGCCAAGCAGAGAUGAGAAUACCCUCCUGGAGCUUGCUGACAAAGAGGGAUGGUAAUAAGAAAUCAGUGUUUUUUUGUUUUUUAGUUUUUUGUUUGUUUGUUUUCAGACCCUAGCCAGGCUGUAGAGGGGGUUGAGGAGUGAGGGGUUUCAGGAACUGCAGACUCUAAGUCUUGUGGAUGAACUGAGUUUUCUCUUUAUGUCCAUGUGGGGUCCAGGACAAUUUGUGUGCAGGUGCUCCCAGGGAAAAAACAUUGUCUCCUAACUGAUAACUUUGCUAUCCCACACAUCUUGUGACAUAUGCCUUUCUUCCCUUUCCUUGCACAGUUUGUUUUUUUUUAAUAUAUUAAUGGGUGGGGCCUGAGAUAAGAACUCAUAAAUCAGCAUGGAAGUAACUCAGACACACAAACUGCUGCUGGGAGCACAAGCAUGUUCCUUCCUCUCUGUGCAUCCUUAUGUUUUGUGUGGUAGUUCAGCUCGGGAGGAAAAGAGGCUCAGGGGGCUGAAUGUCACAGUCAGCUCAGAGAAUUCACCUUGAAAUUAUUAAUUUUAUUAUUUGAUGAAUGAGGAAACCUUGCCACCUGGAGAGAGGAUCAUCAAGUCUAAGUGAGAAACUGAGAAAUCCAUACAAACAAUGUUUAUUUAUUUAUUUAUUUAUUCAUCACUAACUUGAAGUUCCAAAUAGAUACUUUCCACUAAGCUCAUAGUAGUACUUGACUUGGAAACACAGAAUCAUCUAAGAUUUGCUGCAUAUCAGCAAAGACUGAACUACCUUGCCUGGAAAAAAAAAAUCUAGCUUUUAAAGCAGUACUAUUCUGUAGGUUGAGCUGAUUAUUGCUUUGUGCUGCAUGACUGUGAUUUUUGGCAUGCAGUGUCACAUACCAAAUUCCCAAAAUAAAAUGCUACGUGAUAUUCUAAGAGCUUUUAGGAAGCUUUAAAAAGGGAUUUAUCCACUGAGUGGGUACCUCUUCUGGUGAAGCCAAAUGAGGCAGCGUGAAUGGUUUAAGAGGAGGAAACUUUAGCCAACAGAUAAUUAGUGUUUUUAAAUAAGCACGCAGGGGUGGGGAGAAAUCCUUCUGUCAGUGCUGUGUUUGUAAAAUUGUCAACAAUUCUGCUUUAGUUGUAAAGGGUUUACAGCUAUAUGCUUGAAUAGCUAAAACAUCUGUUCAGUAACAUUGUGAAAUCUUCAUGUUCGGAACCCCUGAUAAGGGGGAUCUGCUGAGCAAUUGGCUCAUAGCAGCUCUACAGGCAGCACAGUCUGUACGUACGGUGGUCACCGCUUGCCUUUCCUUCUGGUCAGAGGAAAACGUAGGAGACUGCUACUAUUUUAUGUGCGAUUUUUUUUUUUUUUUCUUUUGAGAGAGAGAGAGAGAGCAGGAAGUGCUUCGGAAAUGGUUCAUGAUAGAAAACUGGAGUUGUAAAUAGGAGAGAGGAGGAGAGCUCAUGGUGCAGUUUGUGAACAGUUGAAAUACUGAUACCACAGCAGCAGAGGGAAACCCAAAUUCUGCGAGAGCGAGCACAUCCCAAGCCAUCCCAAUGGAAGGAGAGACGGCACCCGAGGCCAGGAGAGCAGCCAGCAAAGCCACACGCAUCGCCCUCGGCGUCUUCGUGAGUGGCACUGUCGUGCUCGGCACCGCGCUUUUUUUGGUUAGCCAAGGUAUUAUAAAGUUUCAUCCAAAGCAACGUUACUGCUUGUCCUCAGAAUGCAUUGAAGCUGCUGCUGCCAUCUUAAGCAAGAUAAAUCAAUCUGUAGAUCCAUGCGAGAACUUUUACCGAUUUGCGUGUGAUGGCUGGAUAUAUAAUCACCCUAUUCCUGAAGACAUGUCAAACUAUGGUGUUUACCCUUGGCUGCGACACAACGUGGACCUCAAACUAAAGGCAUUGCUUGAGAAACCCAUCAGCAAAAGACGAGACAGUGAAGCUGUACAGAAGGCCAAGAUACUUUACGCAUCCUGCAUGAAUGAGAAUAAAAUUGAAAAAGCUGACAUGAAACCCCUGUUAAGCAUACUGAGGCAUUCACCUUUCCGUUGGCCUGUGCUGGAAUCCAACAUUGGGCCCGAAGGACUGUGGUCAGAAAGGAGGUUUAGCUUAGUCCAAGCCUUGGCAACUCUUCGUGGUCAAUACAGUAACUCUGUCUUCAUCCGUUUAUAUGUGGCUGCUGAUGACAAAAUCUCCAAUCAGUAUAUCCUGAAGCUUGAUCAAGCAAGCCUCUCUCUUGCAUCUCGAGAGGAUUACUUAGAAAAUACCACAGAAGCUAAAUCUUACCGAGAUGCCUUUUUGCAGUUCAUGGUUGAUACAGCAGUGCUUCUGGGUGCAAACGCUUCACGAGCUGAAUCUGAUAUGAAGUCAGUUCUAAGGCUGGAAGUUAAAAUAGCUGAGAUCAUGGUUCCAUAUGAAAAUCGAACAAGUGAGGUGAUGUACAAUAAAAUGAACAUAUCGGAGCUUAGUGCCAUGAUUCCACAGUUCGACUGGCUGGGAUACAUCAAGAAGGUCAUUGACACCAAGCUCUAUCCUGAGCUCAAAGAUAUAGGUCCUUCAGAAAAUGUGAUUGUCCGUGUUCCUCAGUACUUCAAAGAUUUAUUCAGGAUACUUGAAAAUGAAAGGAAAAAGACUCUUGCCAACUAUCUGGUGUGGAGGAUGGUUUAUUCAAGGUUAUUUAACCUUAGUAGACGUUUUCAGUAUCGAUGGCUGGAAUUUUCUCGGGUCAUCCAUGGAACCACAACUUUGCUGCCACAGUGGGAUAAAUGUGUGGACCUCGUUGAAAGCACACUCCCUUACGUUGUGGGUAGGAUGUUUGUGAAUGCUCAUUUUCAAGAAGACAAGAAAGAGAUGAUGGAGGAGUUGACUGAAGGAAUUCGCUGGGCUUUUAUUGACAUGUUGGAAAAGGAAAAUGACUGGAUGGACUCCGAAACAAAAAGAAAAGCUUAUGAGAAGGCAAAAGCAGUUAUGGCAAAAGUGGGUUACCCUCAGUUUAUAAUGAAUGACACAUAUAUUAAUGAAGACAUCAAAACACUCAAGUUUACAGAAAGUGACUAUUUUGGCAACGUGUUGCAAACUCGCAAAUAUGCAGCCCAAUCUGAUUUCUACUGGCUUAGAAAAGAAGUUCCAAAAACAGAGUGGUUUACAAGCCCAACUACUGUAAAUGCUUUUUAUAGUGCAUCUACCAACCAGAUCACCUGUAUCACUGACAUAAGCAUUAAACAAAAAAUCACUCUGAUCUCCAUACAAGUCCACGCAGUCUUCAUACAUGGGCAAGGAUUCCCAGCAGGAGAACUACAAAAGCCUUUCUUUUGGGGAACAGAGUAUCCUAGGUCAUUAAGCUACGGUGCCAUAGGAGUAAUUGUUGGCCAUGAGUUUACUCAUGGAUUUGAUAGCAAUGGUCGGAAAUAUGACAAAAAUGGAAAUUUAGACCCUUGGUGGACAACUGACUCUGAAGAGAAAUUUAAAGAGAAAACAAAAUGCAUGAUUGAUCAAUACAGCAACUACUACUGGAAGAGAGCUGGCUUACAUGUGAAAGGCAAGAGAACUUUGGCAGAAAACAUUGCAGAUAAUGGAGGUUUGCGAGAGGCUUUCAGGGCAUACAGGAGAUGGAUUGCAGAAAAGAGGGGAGGAGAAGAGGAACCUUUACUGCCAGGCCUUGAGUUCACACACAAUCAGCUUUUCUUUCUAAGCUAUGCCCAUGUAAGAUGCAACUCUUUUAGACCAGAAUCUGCAAGAGAGCAAAUCUAUGUUGGAGCUCACAGCCCUCCUCAGUUCAGAGUUAUCGGUGCUAUGAGCAACUUUGAAGAGUUCCGUAAAGCUUUCAAUUGCCCAACAAAUACAACGAUGAACCGAGGGGCAGAAUCCUGCCGGCUGUGGUAGACGUGCCUUCCAGGUCUUCUGUCAAGAGGUGUCCGUGAUGUGAACUGCUGCACCUGAGCACAAGCCCACUGCUGGAGUUUCAGAAUUGCAAUCUGGAGAGGUGUUACUUCAAAUGCGUCUUCCUUAUCCAUGCUGAUAACCUGCAUGGAUCUAAUCAUUCUCUAUCUAGAACCUAGAAAUUUUUGAAAUAGGAAAAAAGGAUAGGUUUUCUUUAAUAAUAAUAAUAAUAAUAAUAAUAAUAAUAAUAAUAAUAAUAAUAAAAGGAACUCCUUUUGUCCAUAAAGCUGCUCCUCUUCAUCUGCAGUUGCAUUGCUGUUGAUGGAUAACUGCCAUUAUCAAUUCUAAUUCCUGAUUUAUAGUUGAGCAAGAGGUAAAUGCUAAAAUCCACUUUUAAUCUAUUGCUCUGUGGGGGUGCUAUGCAGAAUGCUAUCACACAAAAUUUAUUCUUUCUGGAUGAAGAAAUUCAUGAGACCUGCUAUAAAGCCAGCUCUGAUCUGCUGUGUGAUACAGCAUUUUCAUAACUUAAGCUGUCAGUGCCCAGCAUGCCAUAAAUGAUGUUGCAUGAUGUAAAGACACAAGACUUUAUAUAAAUUAAGUUUAAUAUGUUGGAUUAGUGCCUCAGGUUUUGGAACAGUUUCAAACUGAGGAAGGACCUCAUGGUUUCCAUCUGCUUGGACUAAACAGAAAGGAUACAUGUCAGAUCCUGGCCUUUUUUAAUUUUAGAACAGCUUAUGAUAAAAAUCAAUGUAUGGUGAAAAUCAGAAACUUGCAGAGGGAAUUCCCAGCACCAUGAUACUCAGAAAUGGUACAGCACUUACUCCGAUUUACAAUAUGGGCAAUUUUUUUCCCCAGAGAUGAGUUUUGCCUUGUGCUGAAGGUAGCUUCACCUACAUUUAUUUUUGAGCCUUAAAUACUACACCAGUUUUAACUUAGGGAUUUCUUAGUGUCUAGGUCUUACAGUGGAAUGGAAGUAGGGUGCAUGUCUGUCCUCAUGUUCUGCAUAGGGCAGGGUGACUUGUGAUUUUAACAAAAGAGAAUAUGUGACUGAAAAACAGAGCACCAUCAGUAUUUGACUUGUCUGGAUAAAAAGAGCAAUUCGAGAGAAGAGGUCUUUUAAAUACAGAAUACAGGCAGGCCGGUUGAAUUUUUCAUUUGUUUUCUAAGAAUUUUCAUAUAAAACCAUAUUUUAUUGCAGCAGAAAAACUUCAACACGUAACUAUUACUGGGGGUGCUGAGGGGGGGAUGCAAGAAAACAGCCUUUUCUUCCUCAGCAGAAAGAUAUGUGUUUAACUAGUAUUUAUUUAUACCUUGUGCAUUCAUUCAUUUUUACAUGGUAGAGUUUUUUCAAAUGGAGAGGUGGUUUCUUUAGACUGAUUUAGUUACUGCAAUUCUAUAUACAUCUCUGUGUGUAUAAACAUAUAUAUAUAUACAAAAAAUAGAUAAAUUCUUCUAUUUGCUUAAAUUUUAUCAGUAUAUAUAUGUUAGUAAGACAAACUUUUUUUUUACAAGGAUUGGUCGAAUAUUGUCUAACAGUCAAGGUGGAAGAAGGUUCAACUGAAGCUAAGUUUUUGCAAAUGGGGUUAGCUUCCUAUGUUUCUUUAUAAAGAAGGGGGACAGCAUGGAAACCUAAUUUAUUGAAGGGAAGGAAGCUGAGAACCCUGAACUCAAGGCACUGUUACCACUUCAUAGAAACAAAACAUUACAUUUUGGGACCAGGAUUGUUUGUUUGUUUGUUUGUUUUUAAUUUUCCAUGAAAAAGUCGAAGUUUUCUUAAGAAAAAAAGCACUUUUGCUUCCUUCAAGCCAGCUCUCUUCUUGAGUUAGAUGGAUUACAGUUUGUCAUUUGAAGAGCCACUGCCAUUUUUUUUUUUUUUUCCUGGAGAUAUUUUUCAUGUAAACUGUUCAGGUGGCAGUAUUUUCAUAAAGACUUUUGCAAACAAGCAGAUAUGGAUCUUGAGCAAAGUGAUACUGUUUUCCUACUAAAGGAAAAGUUUCUUAGCAAACUGAAUAGUCUACUGACUUAAUUUCUGUGCUCAUAUAAGCACUGACACAACUUGAUGUUGAUUGCUUUGGAUCAAUAGCAUAAAGUUCAGGGGUGACACCCUGGCCCCAUUAAAGUUGCUACCAAUACAGUUAUUGUCCUCAGAAAAGUCAGGACAACGACUCAGAUACUUAUCUAAACUUUCUAAAUUACUGGACUAUGCAAAGCUGGGUUCACAACAGUCAGCUUUGAGUUUUCUAAUUUUAUCUCUUAGGUCAGAGAUACAUUUGCAAGAGCUUCUCUCUCAUGGCUGUUUUCCAGUGGGAUAGAUUCUGACAUUUUGUGGUUUAUGGGGUUGUUUCUCUGUACUGGAUAGUGAUUUCUUCUAAAAUGCCUUAUGUUCACUGCCUUAAAUAUCAUUCUUGUUGCUCCUUGCUAGGUUCAGGUCUUUCAUGUUUAAUAUCAAGGAUUUUUGAACUGUGGCAUACAUAUUCCCAACAGCACAGGAAUCACUGCAAAAGUGUCUCAUCCUUGCUAGGGUGAGCACCCAUCUCCUACAGCAAGCAGUGGCUAGGUCCUGGGCUGGGGGAUAGUGAGGGGCUGGAGGGUUUGGAGGCAAUGCACUAGGAGGGAGGAAGAGGAGGUAUGGCCAGACUUUGGACCCUGAUUUUUAGAUGUUGAGACAGGGCCUACACGCUGCCAGGAAGAAGUCCUUGCUGCCGACCAACAUGUUCAUUGGUACUAUCCAAGUUUGGGGAAUCCUUGCUGUUGAUGCAGGAUUUCAGUGUCUUGGGCUUAGGUCUUAAAUAUGUCCACAGAAGGAUCCUGGCCUGCCUCACCUGCCUGCUUUUUACCUCAAACCAAACAACUAUUACAAUUUACAACUAUUGCAAUUUACAGUUCGCUUUGGAGUCAACUGUUAAGGUAUCAGUUGGAAAGCAAAGCAGAAGGUAAUUAAACUAAUUCGUAAAAUUCAGUCACCAAAUAUAGCUAAAGCAUAGUGAUAGUUUGUGAGGGCUCUUCCUGCUGCCUCUGGUUUAUCAGACUCCAUGGCCCUGCUUGGCUCCCACAUUGUGCCUCCUGGGUCUAUGCUAGCAAAGCCUUGCUGUGUUGCUAUCAAGUUGACUUAUUACUUCUAUGCAAACAGACCUUUCAUCAUAUAUAUUCUUCUUGCAGAAUUUCUUUUUUUUUUUUUUCUUUCUAAUUACCAGUAAUUAUGUCAACACACUUUUUCCUUCAAGCAUAUUGUGAAAUGUUUCUUCCUGUUGGCUCAGUAAUCUUCUCUUUCAACAGUCAGGAGGGGAAGGAUCACCUAUGAAUACAACAUUUUUACCUCUGUAAAUUUGAAGAGAUAUUUUUCUACUGUGUAGACAUAAAGAAACAACCCCUACUCCUGUCCCACAUGCCCUUCUUUGGGUCCUGAAAAUAUGUAAGCCUUCUAUAUUGUAUUCUAACCCUUAUUUUUUCACUCCAACCCUGAAAACACUCAAACACCACCUUACACACUGUGAGUAUUUCUGCUCAGUGCGUUGUGAAAGAGUUAGCUUCACACACAAGUAGCUCUCUGAAAAGGCAGCUGUGCUAUUCACCUGUUUAGGCUGCUUAGGUAUGUAAGUGACAUCCAAGCUAGGUCUUGAUGCUGAAGGACCAAAAAAUCCAAUGGCAUUAUACAGCUCUGCCUUAUGCCCUGUGCAGGGAGACUUCAGCAUUCUUUAGGUAGGAAUGCUAUCAUGACACUAAAUGUUUGAAUUAUUUAUAAAAUAAUCAGAUGAGUUUAUGCAUAACUUUUUAUUGAGUAUUAUUCAACAAAUUACAUGCUUAGAAGUAUAUCUCAUAGCAAUGUUAUAUAUAUAUUUGUCUCCAAAGAAAUAUUAAAAGCCUGACAAUUCAAGAGGCAGAACUAUAGUGAGUUAAAAGGUCUUCUGUGUUUGUCCUGUUAAUCUGGAUUCUUUGCUACUCAGUCUAUUGCACUUUUUAAUUUUUGUUCUUGCAUAAUACAUCGAUUGACUGUUUUAAUGACAAUUGUGCUAGCCAAUAAAAGCUAAAGUGAUGAAGAAUUUUCCUAUAUUGCAGUAUAGCAAAAGCUGUUUGGCCUGUCACUGUCAAACUCUACAAUAUUUUUUCUGUAAUAUAUCGUCUUUAUAAAAUGUAAUAAAGAGCACAAUGUUAUGACCCUGGGUUCUCAAGGCUACAGUUACUGCUUGACAGCCUAGGAAGGAGUUGUCUAGCCAUCUUCAGCCAGAGUUUCUUAAGCUCCACUUGCCUCCACUCAUCUGCUGGAGACAAUUAAAAUGAACAGAGGAUGAACUGCUGUGGAUGAUGUCUGGAGGCUGCAGAGAUUGCAGAAGGACAGGUGGCAGAGCUGUCCCAACCAGCAGCUGCUGGAGAAUAAGAAGGUGUAAGGACAGGUGGCAAAGCUGUCCCAACCAGAAGCUGCUGGAGAAUAAGAAGGUGUGGGAGAAGAGCCACCUGCCUGUCAGCCCCAUUUUUUUCCUUUUGUCACAGUCCGUUCCUUUCUUGACUCACCCUUUGUAGCCUCAACUGGUUUUCAAAUGCUUUAAAGCACUUUCCCUCUGCCUGAGCUUGAACUGUAGCUCACUGAUGUAUUUUCCCAGCCAGCAUAAAGUAAUGGUUUCACUGCCUUCCCAGGCUGGGAUGUGACUGCAGGUAGCUCAGCUUGUUGCUGUUCCUCGCCAUGUACUUCAUGAGCCUAAGUAUUGGUUCGAAGGGUAUUCAGGUACAGUGACUGUGCCAAGGCCUUACACAUUACCAACUUCUGGGCUAAGCACCCUGUUUCUUGGACUCUGACCAGUUUCCUGACACUGCUUGGGUUCCCAUAAGCAGUGUUGGUGGCCCAUCUCAAGGCACCAUGAAGUCUGUGAGCAGUUAGGACAAGGGUUGAAGUUGGCUUUGCCACGAAUUUUGAAUGAUGCUCUGUGGUGACACAGACUCUCAAGGCCCAUAACUUCAGGCAGGCAACUCUCUACACAACUUUUGGGCUUGGGAAGGAACAGAGAUUUUUGUCUUUGAAAGCCUACAUCAGUUCUGUUACCUGCUUUAC